UGAGCUUCCACGUGGGCUCCUUAGCCAGCCUUGAACCUUUAUCUAGUGUCUGAUAUCAGCUGCCUAAGCCUUUUGCUGAAAAUCCAGUCUAGGAAGAGUGAUGUUUCUCUCUCUGGGACACACAGCAUGUCCUGCUCAGAGAAAAAAGUGCUUUCUCCUGGUUCAGGCCCAGACCUCCCCAGUCCUGGAACUCCUUAGACCUGAGUGACCACAUAGUGGCGUGUAGGAGGACAGGUCUCCUUGCUGGAUUGGCGCAAGCUUCCUUUAUCGCUGCUGAAGACAGCACAGAACCACCCCAUGCUGGUAGAGCUGAAGAAUGGGGAGACGUACAACGGGCACCUGGUGAGCUGCGACAACUGGAUGAACAUCAACCUGCGUGAGGUGAUCUGCACAUCACGGGACGGCGACAAGUUCUGGCGGAUGCCCGAAUGCUACAUCCGAGGCAGCACCAUCAAGUACCUUCGCAUCCCUGAUGAGAUCAUCGACAUGGUUCGGGAGGAGGCUGCCAAAGGCCGUGGGCGAGGGGGACCGCAGCAGCAGAAGCAGCAGAAAGGCCGAGGCAUGGGUGGCGCCGGCCGAGGUGUUUUUGGUGGCCGGGGCCGGGGUGGCAUCCCAGGUGCAGGCCGAGGCCAGGCCGAGAAGAAGCCAGGGCGGCAGGCAGGCAAGCAGUGAGCGGCCGCAGCCUGAAUGGAGCCCAGGACGAUGGGCAAGGCCUCUGGGCACCACAGCAUGAAGCCCCACUUGGCAUCUGGUCUAGUGAAGUCCCUGGUUGGCCACUGACUCGGUUUCUGGAAGAGUCUGAGCUGCCUCUGAAGCCUUGUUUGUCCUUUGCAGGACUGGCUUCUGCCAGGCUUGUUUGAGUUUCACGUUGGAGCCAUAGGUGCAGCCCAUGGCGGGCCUGUCUGUCGCUCCCCAGCCUGAGCCCUUACCUCUUGUGUUAGGAAAAUAAAGGCAAGCACCAUGGAAGGAGCCAGCCCUUCCUCUGCCACCCAA